AGAUUAGAAAAAAAAUGUUUACUCUUCUGGGCCACCUCCCAUCCAGGCUUUAUUGCUUUCUGGACACCUUUGGUGAAUGUCCCCAGUCCUUUAAAAGGGCAGUCUGUAGCGGACCAGUCUCUGUCCCGGAGAUAAGUGGGCACAUUCCAGAGCAGCUGCUGUAGCUCCUGGUAGCUCUCGCUUGGACCUUCUUGCACUGAUGUCUGGGGAGGCACCGAUGUGUGAGGUGGACCUCGGCGGGGGCAAAGUGAAGGAGACCAGCAUGGCUGGCAGAUGCCGACAGUCCUGUUAUGAGCGAUACAUACAGCCGUGUGUGGUGGAACUUUUGGGCUCUGCCCUCUUCAUCUUCAUCGGGUGUCUAUCGGUCAUUGAGAAUAGUCCAAACACUGGGCUCCUGCAGCCUGCCUUGGCUCAUGGGCUGGCCUUGGGGCUCAUCAUCGCAAUCUUGGGAGACAUCAGCGGGGGGCACUUCAACCCUGCUGUGUCGCUGGCAGUCACACUGAUUGGAGGCCUCAACGCCAUGCUACUUCUUCCCUAUUGGAUCUCCCAGCUGGUCGGGGGACUGAUUGGGGCUGCCUUGGCUAAGGCGGUGAGUCCGGAGGAGAGGUUCUGGAAUGCAUCUGGGGCAGCCUUUGCAACAGUCCAGGAGCAGGGGCAGGUGUCGGUAGCCCUGGGGGCCGAGAUCAUUCUGACGAUGCUGUUGGCAUUGGCCGUGUGUAUGGGCGCGGUCAAUGAGAAGACCAAGGGUCCUCUGGCGCCAUUCUGCAUUGGCCUCUCUGUCGUUGUGGAUAUAUUGGCAGGGGGUGGGAUCUCUGGAGCCUGCAUGAACCCUGCUCGUGCCUUUGGACCUGCGGUGAUGGCCGGCUACUGGGACUUCCACUGGAUCUACUGGGUGGGCCCUCUUCUGGCUGGCCUCCUCGUAGGACUGCUCAUUAGGCUCCUCAUUGGAGAUGAGAAAACCCGCCUAAUUCUAAAGGCAAGGUGAAGAACCGCUGGUGGCGUCCCCACUGCCUGGUGGCCUCAGCUGCCUGUCGUGAGCCGAGGACAGGACAGUUCGGCCAUUUCCUGCAGGGCUGAGCUCUGAAGAGCUACUGUGGCAGCAGCUGACCUUGGCCUGGCUUCUCAGGCAGACAGGAUGCUGCUAUGUCCUGAGCGUGGUGUCCUGAGCGUGCUCCCAGGACCCGUUCACGGACUGUGCCUGGGGAGUGCGUGGCCAGCAAUGCCUAAAGACAGGUGGAGACCACACAGACAAAGAGCUUUUCUUGAGAAGGCAGGUCACAGGGGAGAUGAGCAUGUGGAGAAUAUGGUUGCUAAAGUGCAUUGCUCAUUUCCCCAGCCCCCCUCCUUCCUUCCUUCCUCCUUCCUUCCUUCCUUCCUUCCUUCCUUCCUUCCUU